GCAUCUCCUUAUUCCUUACUGGAUAUCUGCUUGAAUUUUCUGACUACUCACCUUGAGAAGUUCUGCUCAGCAAGACAAGAUGGAACAUUGUGUCUGCAGGAACCCGGAGUAUUCCCACAGGAGGUGGCUGAUCGGCUACUUCAAACCAUGGCUUUUCAUGGUCUGCUGAACGAUGGAACUGUGGGUAUUUUCCGGGGCAACCAGAUGCGCUUAAAGCGAGCUUGCAUUCGUAAAGCAAAGAUCUCUGCUGUUGCUUUCCGGAAAGCCUUCUGCCACCACAAGUUAGUAGAACUUGAUGCCACAGGUGUAAAUGCUGACAUCACUAUUACAGACAUCAUAAGUGGGCUUGGCAGUAACAAAUGGAUCCAGCAGAAUCUCCAGUGCCUAGUGCUAAACUCAUUAACUCUCUCCCUUGAAGAUCCUUAUGAACGGUGCUUCAGCCGGCUUUCUGGCCUUCGAGCUUUGAGCAUCACCAAUGUUCUCUUUUACAAUGAAGACCUGGCUGAAGUUGCUUCAUUGCCAAGAUUAGAGAGCCUGGACAUUUCUAACACCUCCAUCACAGAUAUCACAGCUUUGCUAGCCUGUAAAGACCGACUCAAGUCUCUAACCAUGCACCACUUGAAAUGUUUAAAAAUGACAACGACACAGAUACUGGAUGUUGUUCAGGAACUAAAGCAUCUGAAUCAUCUUGAUAUUUCAGAUGAUAAACAGUUUACAUCAGACAUAGCUCUUCGCUUAUUAGAACAAAAGGAUAUCCUACCCAACCUUGUCUCCCUUGAUGUUUCUGGGAGAAAGCAUGUGACAGAUAAAGCGGUUGAAGCCUUUAUUCAACAACGGCCCAGCAUGCAGUUUGUAGGUUUGUUGGCCACUGAUGCUGGCUACUCUGAGUUCCUCACAGGAGAAGGACAUUUGAAGGUGUCUGGAGAAGCCAACGAAACUCAGAUUGCAGAAGCAUUGAAGCGGUACAGUGAGCGGGCGUUCUUUGUCCGAGAAGCUCUCUUCCACCUUUUUAGCCUGACUCACGUGAUGGAAAAAACCAAGCCAGAAAUUUUAAAGCUUGUGGUUACUGGGAUGAGAAACCACCCUAUGAAUUUGCCAGUGCAACUGGCUGCAAGCGCCUGUGUAUUUAACUUAACCAAGCAGGAUCUUGCUACAGGAAUGCCUGUACGACUCCUGGCUGAUGUGACCCAUCUGCUGCUCAAAGCCAUGGAACAUUUUCCCAAUCACCAGCAGUUACAGAAGAAUUGUCUCCUUUCACUUUGCAGUGACCGCAUCCUUCAAGAUGUCCCAUUUAACAGGUUUGAAGCAGCCAAGCUUGUCAUGCAGUGGCUUUGCAACCAUGAGGAUCAAAACAUGCAGAGGAUGGCAGUUGCUAUCAUUUCCAUCCUGGCUGCCAAGCUUUCUACCGAGCAAACUGCACAACUCGGUGCUGAGCUCUUCAUUGUCAGGCAACUUCUUCAAAUAGUGAAGCAGAAAACCAAUCAGAAUUCAGUGGACACUACCUUGAAGUUUACGUUGAGUGCACUUUGGAACCUCACAGAUGAAUCCCCAACCACUUGCAGACAUUUUAUUGAAAACCAAGGGUUAGAACUCUUCAUGAGGGUUCUAGAGUCUUUCCCAACUGAGUCAUCCAUUCAACAAAAAGUCCUAGGACUUCUGAACAAUAUAGCUGAAGUACAAGAAUUGCAUUCUGAAUUAAUGUGGAAGGAUUUUAUAGACCACAUCAGUAGCCUUCUACACAGUGUUGAAGUGGAAGUCAGUUACUUUGCAGCUGGAAUUAUUGCCCAUUUAAUAUCCAGAGGUGAACAAGCCUGGACAUUGAGCCGCAGUCAGAGGAAUUCUCUUUUGGAUGAUCUGCAUUCAGCUAUUUUGAAAUGGCCAACUCCAGAGUGUGAAAUGGUAGCAUACAGGUCCUUCAAUCCAUUUUUCCCAUUACUUGGCUGUUUCACAACACCAGGAGUCCAGCUGUGGGCAGUUUGGGCCAUGCAACAUGUCUGUAGCAAGAAUCCCUCCAGGUAUUGCAGUAUGCUGAUUGAAGAAGGAGGAUUGCAGCAUUUAUACAACAUCAAAGAACAUGAACAGACUGAUCCUCAUGUCCAGCAGAUUGCUGUGGCCAUUCUGGACAGCUUAGAAAAACACAUUGUGCGUCAUGGGAGGCCACCUCCCUGUAAAAAGCAGUCCCAGGCCAGACUAAAUUGAUAGCCAUAGGUGAUUGGGUGAUUGACUCACAGGAAUCAUUUUUCUCAUUGGUUUAUUUGGAAUAUCUUACCCUCUAUGAUAUUUUGGGGGUUUCUAUGACAAGAGUCAGGAUGAGUUUGGGAUUGAUGAUAAUACAGUACUGCCCUUGUGAACAGUCUCUAAUUUGUGUUGUGAUUUUUAACUUAUGAGGCAAGAAGGGUUUCUUCCUUCAUCCUUGCCUUUUAGGAAAUUUUCCACAUCUUCCAGUGUUUGAACUUACCUGUGCUUGAGAUUCUACAGUUUUAUGAUAAAGUUUGCACGAACUCUUAGGCCAGAUUUUUCUGAUUUCAAAGUCCCUUCCAGUCAGUGUACAGCUUCAGAUAAGCUGUUAACCUGAUUUACUGGCACUGCUUUAGUUGUAAAUUUUAUACUGCUUCUGUAUAAAAUGCCUUUAUUCUACGUCCGUGUAUCUUUUAUAAGAUGUCCUUCUUAGUGUGAAAGAAUGGAAAUCUGAAUCCUUUCCUUGUGAAAGCUACUCACCAGCUGGACCUUGGAUGGCUGGCAGAAAAUUAAGUUCAAAAGAAAAUCAAUUAAAAGAGAACAGAGUUUAGAGGCUGGACAAAGGUCUGCUCUUGUGCUAUAGUUUUAAAAAUGGGAUAGGCUUCCCUUCUGGGGCCCACCUCUCCUGCGGCCGGCGAGCAGUAGCUUGUUCUUCAUGCUUACACCCGGAAGCAUGGACCAGCUGCUCCCUGCAGACUACUGGUUACUCUUGAGAAAUGAUUCCCUAAGCAGCACAGUGUAAUUACACCAUUUUGUGUUAAAAACUAACUGUCCAAAUCUCUAUAUGUCAUACUGUUGUGAAAAUGUGAAUUUUUCUAAAACUUUCUUUCAUUAAAACUGACCAUUCUUUUCCCUCUAUUUUAAAGUCAUUGUUGGUCAGUGGAGUAGAGACUACAGAUGGUAUCACCUGCUCAGUUAAAAUACAAAUAUCAACAGCUCUUUUGCCUUGAGAAGUUAAAUUUUCUUUUGUUUCAAAAUAUAUUUAUCUUCUAAAUCUGUUCGUGUUGGAGAAAGAUGUCCAUGUCUCACUGCCAAAAAUGAAAGAGAAGAAUUAUACUCUUGUUAAAUGUAAUGAUUAUAGUUUCAGUGCAUGAGAGGAAAUGUUUUUGAUGGAUUUGUUUUUAGACGAUUGCCUUUCCUUUAAGGUACCUGUUACAAUAUGGUAAAGAAUCAGUUAUUAUAUUAGUAAUAGUACUUGGGAGGCAGCAAGUCACUAAGAAACUUAAUUUCCAUUUAAAUUAUAUUUUGUGAAUAGGUUAAUCUGCAAUCUCAGUAGACCACAUUUUUUCCAUAGAUGGCCAAAAUGUUGUCAAUUGAGAUUUCAAAUGGUAUAUUUAAAUUGUAGUAAUUAUUCAGAAGCAUUUUUAUUUAAAGAGGAGCUGGUUUAUUAGUAUGCUGAUAACAGUUUGACCUGUUUCAUGCUACUUUCACAAUAAUGAGACUUGUAUUAUUUGGAGCGUCUUCACAGGGCUGAGAACUAAGAAAAUAAAAAUAGGUAUUUAG